ACAAAUACACAAAAAUUAAUAUUUUUAAUUAUUUAAUCGUAAUUUAAUUAACAUUUUAUCUUGAUUAAUUAAUUAAUUUAUAUAAACAUUAGUAUUUUAAUUUCUUAUUUUUGUUAAAAAGAAUAUUAAUUAUAUAUCUUAUUAUUAUUAUCAUGGAGGCGAUAUCUACGUACAAAUCCCACAUCGGAAACCCUAAGAAAUCAAUAAUCCACCACCACCACCGCCGCCACCCUUUCAUUUCAACGCCGCCGUCUGAGAAUUUCUUUCCGCCGCAUGAUUUAAUCCACCAUGUUAUGGGCGGCGGCCUUCUUCAACCUCCUCCUCCGUCGUUGCGCCGCCCUUUUCUGGCGUCUCACUCCUACCCACCAUACUCAGUGCAGCUCCAACAACCACCACUACUUCCGCUUCCCGCCGCCGCUCACCGCCGCGGCGCCGCCGCACGAGGCCUCUCGUGCCCGCCUGCCGCCAGUAAGAAAGCCAACAGUCCCAAAAAAUCACCAAAAUCUCCGACCAAAAAGGAAGAGAAGAAAAUUUCACCUAGUGAAGAAGCUGACAUGUUUUCCGGUACGGCGGCGUUUGCAGUACUAUCUCCGCCGCCGAGCAGUUUGCCUCUGCCGACUUUUACUGUGAGGCCAAAGGCGCUCAUCAGCUGCUGCAAGGCCGAGGCUGCUGCUGCCGGAAUAGAUACCGGAGCAACUGACAAUCUCCGGCGACUCCUUCGUCUCCGGUGAAUAUUCCCGAUCAUCUAUUUCAACGGUCAUAUUAAUACAUCAUAAUAUAUUAAUAUAAUAUAGUUAAUUAGUAAAUAAAAAACACACACUGAAGAGUGUAUGUAUGUUUGUUUGUAUGUAUGUUGAAUGUUGAUUCUGCCAAUUAAUUACCUCAUGUAUUUUUGUAAUGAGGUUAAGGAAGAAGAAGAUUAAUCAUAUAAUAUUAUAGCAAUGUAAUUUGUUUUAA